AUGGUUACACUAAUAGAUAUUUCCAAGAAAUGUAACAAAACAUGCAAAUGCUAUGUAAACCAGGAUUCAGGUGUAACAGCCACAAGAGAGGAGAAUAUUACUCAUUUGGAUAAGUAUGGAUGUUGUGCCCAUAAUUCUAGUAGUAAGAAGCUUGUGCUAUACUGGAACAAUAUCAAACUUGAGACCACGAGUGGAAUCCCAUUCGCCCAGCUAGAUUCUGUAACAACAUAUUAUCACAACCAAUAUGAACCAGGAAGUACCAUUAGCAGGCCCCUUAUCAUAAGAGUUAAAGAAGGCAAUGACCAGCAUUGGUAUGAGAAUGCCGGACAUCAUGUUAAUAAGAAAUGGAGGGAAAUUGCUAACAUCGAUGAUUAUCCUAAGGACAAUAACUAUGAUUCAAGUUCUGAACUAAAAAAGAAACUGACUGAAGUUGGAUGUAGGUUAUAUGGAUAUCACCAGAUAGAUAUACAGUAUACUGGAACUUAUGACUAUCAGUGCCCUAUUUGUCAGGAACGGGUGAGUGGAAGCGUGGUGCAAGAAAACCAUAUACCAGGUGUAUCCGAAUAUACUAGAUAUAGGCAUAGCCAAAUAACAGAAAAGUCUAUUCUUACCCACAAUGGCAAGAAAAUAACGUAUAAACGGAAAGACAAUGGAAAAACAUACUUUCUUCCCAUUCCAAUUAAUGAUGUAAACAUUAAGAACAUAUCAGCCUAUUACUGGGAUGGUGACAAUGAUCGCGAUAACCCUCUGUUAAUAGAAAUAGGAUCAAAUAAUGGUGACAUUCCAUUCUGGUUUGAGAAUAUUAGAGAAAUAGGUGAAAAAAACGAGAAGUGGAGACAAUUGGGUCGACAAGAAUCUACCUCACUCUCUAGGUAUGGUGAUAAGCUUCAGGAAAAACUUAAUUUCCUGAAUUGUUAUAUUAAUAAAGUGGUUGAGAUAAAGUUUGGAGUUACUAAAUGCCAUGGUUCUAACACUACUCAACAUAAAAAUAGAAUUGAUAGUGUGUUUACCAGGAUCUUGGGAACAUCUCUUAUUUCUUCUUACGAAUACACUCCAAGUGGUGACUCCAGAAAAGAGCCGUUCAUAAUAUCUAAGUUUAUUCGUAAUUAUAAGGAUCAGGAAUUCCCACUGGAUGUCCUUCCUCUAAGAGAAGUUGAGAAACUUAUCUACUAUAUCUCUCCUUGUGACAUCUCUAAUCCCUUUCUAGUGUACGUAAAAGCGGGAGGUAGUAAUAAUUGGUAUAAAAGAACUGAUGGAGACACAUGGGAGGAGGAUACAAACUUGAAAAAUAAACCUCUCGAUCAAGCUACAAACGAUAUUAUCCAGAUUUUUGAAAGAACUAAAGGUCCCUUGAACAUAAAUGGAUGUCCUCAGUUUGUGCAAGGUCAUGGGUCUGGUAUUCAACUAGACAUCGCAGAAACACCAUAUGAAGGACAUAGUAAAGAAUACAAAGAUGGGAAUAUAUCUAUUAUUGUUACAAAGACGGGGAGAGAUCCAAGAUAUAGAUUUUUUAAGAAUACUCACACUGCCACUAAAAUUCCCUUUGAUAUAAAGAGAGAAUUGAAAGACAACUCAUGGCUAGGAUCUAUGCCAAAGAUGUAUGAUGUGCAAAACAUUUUUGUUUACUUUUGGGAGGGGAAUCCUACUAACCCUAUACUAGUCGGUGUUACAAAGAAAGGUGAACUACAACCUAAAUACUACGGAAAAGGUGGUAAUAAGUGGCUGUACAGCUAUAUAACUACAAAGUCAGAAAUAGACGCACUUGAUGAUCAAAACUGUAAGUAUAAUGAGGCUAUACCCUUUGACAUUAAAGAUCCAUUAUCUAUUACGACAGGGAAUUCCAAUUGUUUAAAUAAUACUAGUAGACAAAUAAUAUCUAAUUCUACUUUUAAAUAUAUCAACGAAAAUGCAGAUUAUUUUCUAGAGUCAUUUCUUAUUCGUAAAAAGAAUGCAAGAAUUUCCAGGGUAAUCUUUCACAAGGAUGAUACUAACAUUGAGCCUCCAGCAAAUACUAUUUCUCAAGUCAAAAUGUAUUAUUGGAGUAGAAAGCCAUCUGAACCUCUUAUGGUUGAAUUUAAACCUAGUGGUGGAGAUAAAUCAGUUUGGUUUGAGAGAGUAUCUAUUUCAGGUACCGUCUGGAAACCUAUAAAUGAAAGAGAGUCAGAAGCUUUCUAUUCAGGAACAAAAAAAUCAGAUCCAACUCAACAAUUUAUUAACAAGUUAGAUACAGUAAGUUGCAGGAUUAGUCACGCUGUUAAAAUUGAUAUUUCAAAGAAGGACAUAUAUUAUUGUCAUGAUAAAUGUACUAGUAAAAGAAUAAUUGCUAAAAAAGCAAACUACAUUAUUCCCAACUACAUCGUGUACGAACACACUUCUGCAAUUAAUGGCCAUGAUACUUUCAUACUAUCUUCGAUAUAUAACGGUGGUGAUAAACAAGACACAGGUAAUAUCGAGCUGAAUAUGAAUGGUGUAACUAAGGUAACUGUCUACUUUCCAGAAUGCAAUCCACAUUUACCCUUUAUUAUCCGCAUGGAACAGAGUGCAGAAGUCAACUGGCUUAAGAGAAAAGAUGAAAAUAAAUGGGAAAAUGUUACUGGAAGUGUUAAAUCAAGUGAUAUCCUGGAUGCUAUUAAGAUUAUAGAAGGGUUAGUCCCUAUCACAGAUAUGUGUAAAUCACCCGUACUUCCACUUUUUAUCGACCAAAAAAAUGAUGCUACAGUGGGAAUUAUAGAAAAAACAUUCACUUUAGGUCAUUAUGUGGAUAAAGAUUUUGGUAAUGUUGUGGCAAAUGUAGAGGAAGAAGAGUUUGAAGGUGAAGUUUACAAGAUAGAAGAUGAACAUACGUCUAAUAUUCCUAUAUUUGCAGCCCUAAAAGAUCCUAGAUCUGGAAUCAUUAUUGAUAUAAGAAAAAGACCUACUAACGGUGAUAGUGAAGUAUAUAUUCUUGAUGAUGGACAAGUGGUUAAGAUAGAAAUGUCUGAUGACCCUCCUAGCUCUGGUUUCUGGAAGUUCAAACAUACCAAGAAUGGUGAAAAAUCGUUUAAAGUUAAUAAAGUGGAGUAUGAUAACAAAACCAUAGAUACUUCUCAAUUACAGAUUUCGGACAAUAAGAUUGAGUAUCUAUCAGUAUGGUACUGGAAACACAGUGGAAUGUUGAAUCCCCUUUUUAUAGAAGUUAAAAUAGAAAAUGGAGAAUACAGACAUAUUAAAAACUUUGGAGAUAACAAUUGGGUCGAACAUACCAGAAACUCUUCCGAAGAAAAGAAUCCAUUCCAAGGUGAGUCCCUUGAGCAGCUACUGGAUGACCUCAAUUGUAAACAUAAUAAUGCUGUAACCAUGAAUCUUAGCUGGACUAUAUCCAUGGGUAGGCAGGAUCCAUAUUGUUGCCGUUGCGAUUACCAUGGUAAUAACGAAACCGAAAGGAGGAUUACCGUUAGAGAGGAGAAAGUUCCAGCAGGUUCCAUUCCUUACUACAAGCACUCUAUUUCUGGUGAUAGUUUGAAGCUUGCAGGCAUUAAGUACUACGAAAAUGGUUAUCAUGCUCCCAAGAAUAGAAGACGUAUAAAACUAAGUGGACAAGGAUUUCCUCUUCCCAACGUAACAGCGGUAUGCACUUUUUAUUGUAAAGACAAACCUGUUAUCAUAUACGUAGAUUCUGAUAAACAACAUACGGCUAAAGGCUGGUACAAGAAAGGAAGCGAUGGUAACAACGGAGAUGAAAACUGGGUAAAAGUCUCGGGUAUAUCCAAGGAUCCAGAGAAUAUCAGAAAUUGUACUGACAAGGACUUUAAACAGUUUGUGAAGGAACUAGACUGUUCAAUAUAUAAAGAAUGUAAUGAGAAUCCUCAACCUUCACCUCAGGGAUCACCUGGCUUAUCUAUUCCUGACGGUUUUGGUAAAGGUAGAACUGGGGAGGGCCUUGGUGGAGAAAAUGAUCAGAACUGUUAUAAUAAUACUGUUGUCUUCAACGUAACUAGUUCUCUGUCAGGUUAUAUUGCCAAAAAUUCUAACUACCUAAAGGAAUAUAGGAGGAUAGAACCUACAAGAUCACCUGAUCCUCCUCCAGGUAGUAACUAUGAAGUAUACCAAUAUUCAAUAACUGGUCCUAGUGAGGAAACAAAGAUUUCCAAGGUUACAUAUAAGAACCAUUUUACUAAUAUUAAUCUCACCAAACAUGGCCCAACUUCUCAAAUAAGAUUUUAUUCAUACCCAGGUGUUAGAGAUAUACCUUUAAUGCUUGAGUUUCUAAAACCAGGUGGAGAAACAUCUACCUUUUAUGAGAACACAAAUAGAGAUGGAACUGGAUGGAUAGAGGUUGGAGAUGAUAAGUCAAAGAACUUUUAUUCUGGAGAUAAAGGCAAUACUAAACCUACUGUACAACUCUCAGAGAAACUUGAUGAAGUAUUGUGCAAACAACACGGAAACGUUACCAUAAAUUUAACUCGUGAUAAAUAUAAUGAUGGAGACUCAUACUGUUGCAGUACUGGGCAUAGUAGAGUAUCCGUUACUGAGAAUGAGGUUUCUUGUAAGGUGUCGGAUCAUAAGAGCACAAGUUCCAUUACGGCCUACAAGCAUUCCAUUACUGGUAGUGAUUAUAAACUUGCUGGUAUAUACUAUACUGUUGGUCUUAAUAGAAGGAAAAUAAGUAUUACCGGGCUAGACUUACCUACCAACAAUUCAGUAAAGAUAUAUGCAUUCUACUGUCAAGGCAAGGAUACCCCAGUGCUUAUUUACGUCAAAGAUGGAAAUGACUCUUCAAAACCUGGAGCUACAGGCUGGUACAGAAGACAAGGUUAUAAUAGUGAUGUUUGGAUAGUGGUAUAUAAUGGGCUCUCUAACAAAACACCGGAUACUAACCUCAACUGCAAACAGUGGAAUUAUCUUGUGGGCGCACUAAAGAUUGUUGGAUGUGAAAACUUGGGAAUAUGUAAUUCUGCUUCUAAAUCUUUACUUGGACUAAGUGGUGCUAGUCCAUCUAAUCCACCUGAUAAAGCUCAAACAACAAGUUCUGCGGAUAAUAUACCUCCUGGAUCUCAAGAGUCUGCCGGUAAAAAGGAUUAUGGAGAUUCUCCUGAAUCUGAUAACACAUCUGAAAGUACUCCUGAUGGAACUACUGAACCUACUUCUGAAGCUAAAGCUAUUGUUGCUGAAGCAGGUGCCGUUGCUACUGGUAUGACUUUAGGAUCAAUCUUGGGAACGUCCUCUGGUACUCUCGCCGGAGCCGGUGGUCUUACUGGACUUGGUUGGUGGAUGUUUAAACGUUCUAAAGGAGAUCCUUGGGUUAGACAGAUUUAA